CUUGCCGUCCCGCCAAUUCAUAAAAUUUCAAUAUAACUACAUUUGCUGUCAAGUUUGCGAUUGUUUAUACUUGUUGACACUGUUCACAAGAAUCAUACAAUGUACUAAUCAUACACAAGAAUUCAUCAAAAUGAUGCGAUCAGCAGCCCCCAGCCAACGGGGCAAACGACCCGGGGAAAUUUCUCCCAUUCAAUUGGGUGGUCCUGCUUUACCUCAGAGAGAGAGCAAGAGAAAAAGAACUGAAAAAGAAAUUGUAAUAUCACGGAAGCCACUCAUGCAAAUGGCAAUCCCAUCAACGCCUGAAUUAUUAUCAGAACAUGAAGAAAGAAUAAAGAAGUUGUUGAGCAAACCGUUCAAGAUUCCCAUACCUGGAUAUAGACUUUCGGGCCGAAGUUUGGGUAUGCAUAUGGCAGGACCACGAUGUGCACUUCAUGACCCUGAUGAAGCUAAUGCUUUAGUAGUUUAUACACCUCCCGAACUGUCUGAACAUGACAAGCUGAAAUUGGAUACCUCUAAACAACUGGUUCAUGUAGUAGUAGAUCCAGUACUAUGUGAUAUAUUACGUCCUCAUCAAAGGGAAGGUGUUAGAUUUAUGUACGAGUGUGUCACAGGAAAACGCAUAGAAAAUGCUUAUGGAUGUAUAAUGGCUGAUGAAAUGGGUCUUGGUAAAACUCUACAAUGUAUUACCUUGCUAUGGACUCUUUUAAAGCAAGGACCUGAAGCAAAGCCGCUAAUCGAAAAAGCAGUGAUUGUUGCACCUAGUUCUCUUGUCAAAAAUUGGUAUAAUGAGAUACACAAGUGGCUUGGUAAACGAGUAAAUCCUUUAGCUAUUGAUGGGGGAAGUAAAUUAGACAUCGAUAACAAAUUGAAAGGAUUUAUGAAGACCUAUGGACGUAGGUGCGCAAACCCAAUUCUGAUAAUUAGUUACGAAACUUUUCGCUUGCAUUCCCAUGUAUUGCAUCAAGAUGAAGUUGGUUUGGUUUUAUGCGAUGAAGGACAUCGUCUCAAAAACAGUGAGAAUCAAACGUAUCAGGCAUUGAUGGGCUUGAAAGCCAAAAGGCGCGUUUUACUUAGUGGAACACCCAUUCAAAAUGAUCUUCUUGAAUAUUUCUCACUAGUACAUUUCGUAAAUCAAGGACUUCUCGGAACUGCACAGGAGUUUCGGCGGAAAUUCGAAAUCCCGAUUCUCAGAGGUCAGGAUGCCGGUGCAACUGACUCAGAGCGUGCAAAGGCCCAAGAAUGUCUUAACGAACUGGUGACUAUGGUUAACAAAUGCUUGAUUAGGCGAACAAGUGCUUUGCUAUCCAAGUAUUUACCAGUCAAACACGAACUAGUUAUCUGUGUCAAAUUAAAUUCGCUACAAACCAAGUUAUACCAGAAUUUCAUCAAGAGUGACAGCAUUCGCAAAUCAAUGCAAGGUGAUGAACCUGGUAGUGGUAAAAAGGGCAGCCUCUCAGCAUUAUCCGCAAUCACACUCUUGAAGAAACUAUGCAAUCAUCCCGAUUUAGUAUACGAAAAAAUAAUGGAAAAGUCUGAGGGAUUCGAAAAUGCUGCUGAGCUUUUACCCCCAAAUUAUAACACGAAAGACGUGCGGCCCGAACUAUCGGGUAAAUUAAUGGUACUCGACUGUUUACUGGCUCUUGUAAAAUCGUCAACUACGGACAAGGUUGUGCUAGUAUCAAAUUAUACACAGACAUUAGAUCUUUUUGAGAAACUCUGUAGAAAACGCACCUACCGUUAUGUUAGACUGGAUGGAACAAUGACUAUAAAGAAGCGAUCAAAAGUGGUAGAUAGUUUUAAUGAUCCAAACAGCGGGGACUUUAUCUUUAUGCUGAGUUCAAAAGCUGGUGGAUGUGGUCUCAAUUUGAUCGGUGCGAAUCGACUGGUUAUGUUUGAUCCUGAUUGGAAUCCCGCCAACGACGAUCAGGCUAUGGCACGAGUUUGGAGGGAUGGCCAGAAGAAACCUUGUUUCAUUUAUCGAUUACUUUGCACUGGUACCAUAGAGGAAAAAAUCUUCCAGAGGCAAGCCCAUAAAAAGGCAUUGAGUUCUACAGUUGUCGAUCAGGAAGAUGACGUUGCCAGACAUUUCACAUUGAGCGAUUUGCGGGAUUUGUUCACUUUAGAAGAAAACACUAUCUCCGACACUCAUUCCAAAUUCAAAUGCAAGAGAUGUGUGAAUGGAGUCGAAAUUCGGGGUCCACCAGAAGGCACAGAUUGCAACUCCGACUUGUCAGAUUGGAGACAUGCUCACAAUUCUCGUCACUUGCCAGAUAUACCGCUCCGACAGUGUUGGUCUAGCGGUAUUUCUUUCGUAUUCCAUCAUCGAUCACAUGAGCAGAUAAAAGCAGAGAUUCCUCUAAUCUCUGAUAAAAACGAUUGAGGGAUAAACCACUGUGCACCAGUAUUUUGUACCAAUUUUGAAAAUUCUUGACACAAAUAUGUCCAAGACGGUUAAUAUAUUUCCUGAAAAUAAUCAUAGUUGGUUAUACAAUAAGUUGUUGGUUUCAACUAUUCGAUCUACAAACACCGCGAUGUGCUUCAUAUCUUGAUAAAGAGGAGGAAAUGACCAAGAGUUAAACUAUGUACAGCCAGAUGUUAAUGGAUUAAUAUUUUUUUACAAUUAUUUGAGUUGAGUAUUUAUACGCGACAUUCACUUACAUUAAAACUUGGACUUUGACGAGCCCUAAUGUUAAUGUUGAAUGAAUAAAGUUGAAUCAUUAUUU